GUGUGUGUGUGUGUGUGUGUGUGUGUGUGUGUGUGUGUGUGAGAGAGAGAGAGAGAGAGAGAGAGAGGUGGUGAUGAGUUUAUUGGAGGGGUACCUGUGUGUCUCUUGUUUUUCAGAUCAUUGUCAGUCAAUCUGUUAGAGGAGCAGCAGGAGUCAGAGUUCAUGGAAAGCUAAGUCAUGAUGUCGGAUUCCAGGGUGUCUUCUGUCAUCCAGGAGUGGGCAAGCACAUACACGGGUCAGGGCCACACCCAGAACCUGAAUCCUACCAACUCAAACCAAGCAGAUUCAACUAAUCAGCUGGCUCAGAUGGACAUGAUACCGUACAGCCAUUCGCACGGGCUGGUGAGAGGAGACAGUGAUGACAGAGUGACUGAGCAGAUGAUGGGACUGUCUUACCUGCCGUUCACGACCUCCUGUCUUAGCAACACUUCGAGCACUGGGGGCAUACACCACCAGAGCCACACCAACACUCAGCAGGAGUUCCCUUCCUUCCUCCUGCCAACUCUGCGGGCUCCGAUCAACAAGAGGAGCCUAAGCAAGGACAGCGCAGAGUACCGCAUGCGACGGGAGAGGAACAACAUCGCUGUGAGAAAGAGCCGUGACAAGGCCCGCAGGAGAAUCCAACUGACCCAGCAGAGGGCCAUGCAGCUGCAGGAGGAAAACCGGAAGCUGCAGAUGAGGAUAGAGCAGCUGACACAAGAGAUGGACACUCUCAAACACAUCCUGUCUCAGCGGCACAUGCAUGGUGAUGAGUAGAGAGCAAAGGGGUGCUCUGGCAUUUAGAACCACAUUCUUACAGGUCUCGUAUGUCUUAUUGCAGGCGUCAGAUUCAGUGUUUGUGUGAAGGCAGGCCUCCUAGAUUCAAGGUCCAAGGUAGUCAGCCUUACAUAGGAAUGUUUGCAGCUUCUGCACACAUGUUUUCAAAGUCACAAGAUUGACAUUUCACAAAACUCUUCAGAUCCUAAUGUAUUUCUGUCAUCUAUUCUAUCUGUGUUUUUAUCGAUGCACAUCUUCAACAUGUGGAGAUCAUUUUAGUUCAGGGGCAGAGAGAUACAGAAACGGUCACUUAUAUUCCUUGCCUUGCGGUUUAUUACUUCUAAACAACAUCAUGGUGGGAAAAUUAAAUGUACAGACAACAUAAGGAUACAAAUGUGAAGAAAAAAAAUCAAAAUCCUUUCAAAUUUGUGGUUUAACUUUUGGUGUCUGCUGAUAAUGGUCUUGGUUUAGAGGGGGGCUCAUGACGUCCGUAUUUCUAAAAAAUAUCACUAUCCCCCUGCACACUAUAGUGCUGAAAAAGAGACAUAAAGACCCAACAAAGAAGGAGAAUGUGUGGUUCGUUGGAAAGCAGAUGCUCUUAGGUGAUUUUAUCCUUUGUAUGAACUGUGUGUGAAGACCCUGUAGAGUAAAAGAAACCUUAGAUUCUAGAUUUUUAAAACAGCCACUGAAGAUGAGGACAAGCUGAUAUGUAGUCGUCCAAAUCCAAAAAGUCCUGAAGGUCUAAAGCUUCAGUUUAGCAAUAAUCUGACUGAACUAAAAUCCUGAAAAGUCCCAGAUAGCUUCUUGCCAUUCCCAUUCCCACUCCGACUGAUCCUGUCCAUAGAAAACCUCUCUCUUCUUUGGACUGAUUUGAUACACAUUUGAUUCGACAAACGUUGCUCAAUCAACUACCUUACACUUUGUGUCAUUGUCAGACAAGAAGUGUACGAUCAGAGAUGAUUGUAAGUGUUGUUGCCCAACAAGGUUUCACAACAGCCUGUGGUUUUUUAGGCAUUUAAUGAAAUCUAAGUGCCUCUCUCUGGAGGAUACAUCGUCUUUGGUUUCUGAAUAAGGGUGCGAUUACUUGAAAUAAUUUAGAUGAGGUUUUGAUUCAUGUAAAAAAUUUUUACCUUUUAUUGUCGUUGGAUUAAAAAGAAAGUUUUAUUUUAAUGUCCUAAAACUUUGUCAGAUGUUUUCUUCAAUAAACAAAUGAAUGCUUUUAAUUUGAAAAA